CUUCCCGUCUCACGCGAGGGCUUUGGGCCGAUGUUCAACGGCACCUACUGCAGGCAUACGAGUAUCUCUGUCACGUCGGUGAAGCACAGCAGUGGAUCGAGGGUUGCCUCGGCGAAGAAUUGAGCUUCGGUGUCGUGGAGAUGGAGGAGGGUUUACGGAAUGGCGUUGUACUUGCAAGACUCGUUCGAGUAUUCAAAGGGGAAGGUGCUGUGCGAAGAAUCUACGAUGCGCCGAAACUUGACUUCCGACAUUCCGACAACAUCAACCACUUCUUCACCUUUGUGCGGAAUGUCGGUCUUCCAGAGGAUUUCAUCUUCGAACUGACAGAUUUAUACGAGAAGAAGAACUUUCCGAAAGUAAUCUACUGUAUUCACGCCUUGAGUCAUCUGCUUGCGCGUCGUGGAUUAGCGCAGCGCAUCGGAAACCUGGUCGGCCAUCUUCAGUUCACCGAUGACCAGCUUCAACAAACUCAAAAGGGCCUCAAAGACUCAGGCGUCGCGAUGCCGAAUUUCGGUAACGUAGGCAGGGAACUUGCAAAAGAGAUCAAUGAGGAGCCCGAGGAACCUGAAGAAGAGGUUGAGACUGAGGAGGAACGUCGUGACCGGCUUUUGUUCGAGAAUGAAGACUCUAUCCUCGCAACGCAGGCUGUUGCCCGCGCUUUCCUUGUACGGAAGGCCCAAGCCACACAGCACGCUCGUAUCCGAAUGGCUGAGCGAUAUGUCCCGAAGAUCCAAGCACAGUGCAGAGCGCUCCUGUUCCGGCAACGGCAUCAGCGUGAACGUGACAAGCGCGCUGACCUCAUACCUUGGGCCAUUGGCGUCCAAGCUCAAGCCCGAGCGCGAGGCGUCUUGCAGCGCCGGUGGUUCCUCAGGCUGAAAUCAGCAUUGCGAAGUUCCAAGAUCUCCGUCGUCAAAUUGCAGACAGCUGCCCGUGCACGAAUUGUACAGCGGAGUCACAAAGAGCUCGCGAAAACCUUUGCGACACCGUUAGUUAUGGAGAACAUUGUUAGCCUCCAAGCCCAAGCUAGGGGCGUAUUGCGCCGAUUGCAACUUGCUCGCCAACGGUCGCUCCUGCAAAGAGUGGCCAUUCCUAUCAUUCAUCUCCAGGCUCAUACACGGGGUGUGCUUGUUCGACGUCGCAUUGGCACGCAGCUCGCAAAGCUCGAGGAUGUGACUGACGUUGUCAUCCGUAUCCAGGCGGCCGCUCGCACUUUCCUCGCCCGCAAACGACUACUUACUCUCAUUCGAGCUCUCCGUAAAGCUACACCUGCUCUCGUCAGCCUCCAGGCUCGUGCACGAGCUAAACUCGCUGGACAACGCCACCAGGCAAUGCACAAGGCCCUCUCACAGGUACAGGUUAUGACAUCUGUCGGAGGAUUCCAGGCUUUCGCCCGUGCAGCACUGGCGCGCAAUCGGCAUCAAGAGCAGACCAAGCGUCUCGAAUUUGUACAACCGGACGUCGUUGGCUUCCAAUCAGUCGCUCGAGGUGCUCUGGUCCGCUGUAGUUACACCGCCUGGAGAGAUUAUCUGCGCCACAGUCACCCCCAGGCCACGAUCUUACAAGCGCUGCUGCGUGGUGUUCUCCAGCGUAGAAAAUUCCGGGCCAAGAUGGAGUACUACCGCUCAAAUCUCGACAAGAUUGUCCAGAUACAGUCCCUCUUCCGUGCUAAAGAGACUCGCGAACAGUACCGACAGCUGACAGUGGGAACUAAUGUCACUGUUGGCACCAUAAAGAACUUUGUUCACCUGCUUGACGACUCAGAAGCCGACUUCCAGGAGGAGAUCAAAGUAGAGCGCCUCAGGCAAGAUGUUGUGAAGCGGAUUCGCGAGAAUCAGGCUCUCGAGAGCGACGUUAACGAGCUUGAUACCAAGAUCGCCCUUGUUGUUCAGAAUGUCAAGAGCUUUGAAGAGUUGACUAAACUUCGUCGCACACUUGGCCCUGAUAGCGCGGCUGUUCACGCUGCCAGAACUUCUGUUCUUGCGGCGCACGGUGAUCCCUUCGCGGGCCCAAGUACGCUUGACCGCUCGGCCAAACGCAAGCUCGAGCUAUAUCAACAGCUCUUCUAUUUUCUCCAGACAAAGGCUGGAUACCUUACCAAGCUGUUCACGAGAAUGACGAUGGAGAAGGAUUGGGAGAAGCACCGACGACUUACCGAACGAGUUGUACUGACUUUAUUCGGUUACGGCCACGAUCGUCGUGAGGAGUACUUGCUACUGAAGUUCUUCCAGAUGGCGAUACACGAAGAGGCGACUGCUGCUCAGUCCAUCGAGGACAUCACUCGGGGACAUCCCAUGUUCAUCAACGUAGCUGUUCACUAUCUACGCCCGAAGCAAACGGCAUACAUCCGAGAGACUCUCCAAGCUGUCAUUCGUGGUGUCAUCGAAUCUGAGGAUCUUGAUCUCGAAACGGAUCCUUCCAAGAUCUAUCGGGCUAGGAUUGACCUCGAGGAAAUGCGUUCCGGGGUCCCCAGCAAGCAGGCCAAGGAUGUUCCUUUUCACACCGCGCUCAAUGAUCCAGACACUCGAGCUGAGUAUAUACGACACUUGCAAGUUCUACAAUGGUGGACGGAAGAGUUCGUGAAGGCCAUCACACAGUCUGUCCAGAAGAUGCCCUACGGCAUGCGAUACAUGGCCCGAGAAACUCUGAACGCUGUAAAGAGCAAGUUCCCCGACGCAUCUGUGGAAGCAUGCGCUGCAUGUAUUGCGAGACUAGUGUAUUAUCGUUAUAUCAAUCCUGCAAUCAUCACCCCAGAGACAUUCGAUAUCGUUUCCAGCACUAUUGAUAUCGCGUCUCGGAAGAAUUUGGCUCAGGUUUCCAGAAUGCUUACGCAAAUCACCAAUGGAGUCGAAUUCGGUGAUGACACUCCGAGUUACAUUCCCGUCAAUGACUACGUCUGGAAAGCCAUUAAACAGAUCUCGGCAUGGCUGAUUGAAGUCGCCAACGUCCAAGAUGCCGAAACCGAGUAUCAUGCUCAUGAGUUCUUGGAUGCCACGGUUCAACCAAAGUCCAUCUUCAUAUCUCCCAACGAAGUCUACGCGAUGCACACUCUGCUAUCACAGCACCUUGAUUUUCUGGCCCCUACACGCGAAGACACUCUCAGGGUUAUUCUGACGGAACUCGACGGUGUCCCUCACAUUGGAAACGAAGAACUAAACGAAGCUCGCGACACCGCCAUAGAGCUGCAACUCACAAACCGGUUUGCGCACGUAAGAGACCCUGCCGCGGAUGAGAAGACGUUAUGGGUGCAAGCAAAGAGAGCAGUACUGGCCAUUCUCCGUGUACAGCCUGCGAAAGACCUCGUGGACUCCCUCAUGCAGCCGGUCAUUGACGAGCACGAGGUGAUAUGGGAAGGAAUACUGGAGGAAAUGGAGAGAGAGCAAUCGCGUCAUCAGAGGCGUAUGCCUUCUACCACUGCAGCAGAUUCGGCAUAUCGUCUUGAGGAUAUUCGAUCGAUGUCCUUCCGAGAAGUGAAAGCACAUGCAAUCUACUUCCUACUCGAACUCGAAAAGUUGGGCAAGAUUUCCCGCAUGGAUGGCUAUCAAGGUAUUCUCAACGCGAUCGCUGGAGAUGUGAGGAGCAAGAACCGCAGGCGACUCCAGCGACAGCACGAGAAGGAAAGUAUGGAAGAAGCCUUGAAGUACUUAGCCGAACGCAAGAAGGCUUUCGAGGAACAAAUCAAUUACUAUCACAACUUUGUCGAGAACGCGAUGAACACGAUGCAGCGAGGCAAAGGCAAACGACGAUUUGUGAUCCCUUUCACACAGCAGUACUUUCACAUGCGGGAGUUGCAGAAAGCUGGCAAACCGCCCCAAUUCGGCUCUUUCAAGUAUACAGCACAACGUCUCUACAAGAAGGGCGUGCUGCUCUCGAUUGAUCAAUAUUCACCGCGUCAGUUUGACGACAUUGACAUCGUCAUGUCGUCCAAUGAUGUGGGGGUCUUCACGAUCGAGGUCUUCAACAAUGCGCUGGGUAUCACCAACCGAGUUGCAUCAGCCGACGUGAAGAUGGAGGAUCUCUUGCAAGCACAAUUUGAGAAUCGCGCAUCUUAUUCCCUAUUCAGCGGUCUAGCAAAGUUCAACCUUAAUCUACUCUUGUGGCAAAUUAACAAGAAAUUCUAUGUAUGACAUUUGAUCUCAUGCUCUGUUACCGCCCUCGCUGCAAUUUCUUCAAUACUUGCAAUGAUCAUAUCGUACUUGCUUUCUAUUGCACGCGUCGUUACCACACUGCUUACAAUGUACCGUUACUCUGAUAUCAAGCAAAUUGUAUUAUCAUGUAUGGUUCUCU